UUGAAAAAAAAACAACAACAGCAACAACUAUAAAUAAAAAUAAAAUAUCAAAUCAGAAUUGAAAAUAACCGAAAUAAAGGCAAUGGCAAAGCAGCAUGCAUAAAUUAUAGCAAACGUUUAUUGUGCAUAUGUAUGUGUCAAUGUGUGUGGGCAAAUAAAAAUUUCAACUAAAAGUGCAAAUAAACUAACUGUACAUUUAGCAAAGGCAGCGAAAGAAGAAUUCAUCAUCGCUCAAGCAAAUUAAAGCCAGCUAAUUCACAACAACAACAACAACAAAAAUUAUAGUGGCCAUUUAAUAAGGCGCAUGCGAAUUURUACGAGUUAGAAAAACGCCAACAACAAUACAAAUUUAAUAAAAUUAAGUGAACGGCUUUUUUGUUGUUGCAUUUUACAUUUGUGAGCAAAGUGGUGGUGCAAACGGCCCGUAAGCGCACUAAAGUGAUUGCCUAGUGACAACAACUACAACAGCAAAAACAAAMACACCGUGGUCAAAAGGACUUGUGCAGUGUGUGACAACAAAAGUGCAACAACAAUAACGCCAUUGCAACUGAGCAACAAAUAUAGCAAGAGGUGUGCAUUAACGGUAAAACAAAGGCAACGCGAAAGUGAAAAGGCAAAAUAAACACAAGUUGUGAGCCGGCGGCGUUAUAUGAGCGUGUGAAUGAAAAGUUGUUGCAAAAACAAAGAAAAAGCACACAAUUUGGAUUACGACUACAACAACAAGGCAGACAUAUGAAUUGCAACAAAUUUAACACAACACAAAGAUGCAAGCGCCACGCGGAUUAACGUCUGGCAGAUAAACAAAGGCGCGCGAGCAGAGAAGACAACACGGGAAAAGUGGAGCACAGUGAAAAAGCACGCCAGUUCAACGCUGGCGCCAACAACACACGUGAAAAAUUAAUAUAUAUGAUAAACAAACAUUUACAGUUUUUCGCUUUCAACACUUGCCGCGCAACGCGAAGUUAAGCCAAAAGACUAUACGCAACAACAACAACUAGCAUAGCAAACCCACACACACACACAAGUGGAGAGCUAAGCUGGUAAUACAUUAAAACAAAAACAAAAAAACAACAAAAAGCGAAAACAACAGCCGUUGCAGCGAAAAAAACAUGGAGCAAUUUGCGGCACAAAUAAGGCAACAGCAAGCAGAACAGCAGCAACAACAACRACAGCAAUCUAUCGCAGCACUCGCUGCGGUCGAACAGCACGAACUGCAACAACAGMACAGCACCAUUGUUGUUGUCGACGAGGAGAACAACGAAUUGCCCGCCAUUGAAGCGACCAUCAUUGACAUUCCAAUGCCGGCGGCGCCAGCGCAAUCCUGCAACGCGAACACGGCGCCCGCGCCAGCGCCAACAACCGCCCUCUCAUCGUUGUCGUUGUCGUCGUCUUCGUCGUCCUCCUCCUAUGACACGGACAGCAGCACGACGAGCAGCACUUGCUGUGCGCGACACGGCGAACACAUUUACAUGGAGAAGGCGCAACAACAACAACARCAAAAGUCGCAGCAGCAACAGCAACAGGAGCAGCACCAGCAGAAGGCGAAAUACGCUUGCAACGCGGAUCCGGAAGUGAGCUAUUUGAAGAGCGAGUACCGGCUGCACUGGCCGUUCUUCAUGCUGGCGAUCUCCAUCAUUGAGGUCGCAAUUUUCGCRUACGACUCCGCCACAGUACCGGGCACGGAGGCCACACGCGAACUCAUUCCACACAUGCCCAUCGCCUCCGACUCGGURUUCAUCUACCGGCCCGACCGCCGUCUGCAGGUGUGGCGCUUCCUCUCCUACAUGUUCCUGCACGCCAACUGGUUCCACCUCGGCUUCAACGUCGUCAUCCAACUCUUCUACGGCAUACCGCUGGAGGUGAUGCACGGCUCGGCGCGCAUUGGCAUCAUUUACUGUGCGGGYGUGUUCGCCGGCUCGCUGGGCACCAGCGUCGUUGACUCGGAGGUGUACUUGGUGGGCGCCAGCGGUGGCGUAUACGCAAUGCUCGCCGCACACUUGGCCAACAUCACGCUCAACUACAGGCAGAUGCGCUACGCGGUGGCGCAGUUGCUGUCGGUGCUGAUAUUUGUAUCUUGCGAUCUGGGAUAUGCAUUGUAUUCACAAUAUCUGGACGCCGAGGGUGUGACCAAGCCCACGCCGCUCGAGCACACCUGGCCGAACAUCGAUCCGCCGCCAGUGUCGUAUGUGGCACACAUGACUGGCGCGUUGGCGGGCUUCACCAUCGGUCUGCUGGUGCUGAAGAAUUUCGAGCAUCGCGCUUAUGAGAAUCUCAUCUGGUGGCUGGCGCUGGGCGUCUACAGCGCCUUCACCGUCUUCGCCAUUGUCUUCAACCUGAUCAACACGAUGACCGGGCAGCUGGUGGAGGAGCGCAGCGAAGUUGUGGCACAGCAGUUGUUGUACGAUUUGGGUGUGUCGUAAAAAGUCUGUUUGCGUCGGACAGUUAAGUGAGAGAAUUUAUGCGAAAACAAUAUAAAUGCGUGCAAAUUUGAGCACGGAGUGGCAACACUGUGGCACCAUAAAGCCGCUGCUGGUGCGAAGUGAGCGUUGAAGCGCACAAUAAAGUCGAAAUUGACGCGAACCAAGAAGUUUCGUAGUAAAAAUAUGAAUGCGAAAACUUUCGAAAAAUAUCGGCUURACUUGCACACACUCGCAGCUCGAUUUCAUUUCUGUUAGCCACAUUUAUUUAUUUGUUACUAUUUAACUAUAUGUUUUCGUCGUUGCUGUUCUUGUUUAAUUUAUUUAUUUUUUCAAUUUAUUUAAAUAUCUUUUGCAUGGAACGCAAAUAAAACCCCAAAUCGUAUGAACAAAUGUUGUGAUAAUACCAAAGACUGAAUUAAUUUUGAAAAUAAAAAAGAUAAACACACACACACACACAAGCGCGUGUAAAUUCAAGUACGCUUGAACGAAAAUUAAUUGUAACAUUAAGCAGUGUAAAAAACA